GACUCCAAAAUGCCAGAAGCCAGCCCCCAGAGUGAGAUCAGAGCAGCUAACAGCACUGCUUAGAAAACACACACACACGGGACAAACUAGCUGUAACAGUCCGCAGACAGAAGGGGGCUAAGCACACAGUGAAUUAGGGCUGAGCAAGAUGGCCCUAACUGCAGCCUGCACACUGGCUCUACAGAUCUGGAGCAUCCUCUCCUGUGCAUUAUCCCAAACUGAAGCUGUACAGCAGCAACAGCAGCAGCAGCCGGACAGUCUGUACAUGUGGAUUGAUGCUCAUCAAGCCAGAGUGUUAAUAGGUUUUGAAGAAGAUAUCUUGAUUGUGUCUGAAGGAAAAAUGGCACCAUUUACCCAUGAUUUUAGGAAAGCCCAACAGAGAAUGCCAGCUAUACCAGUCAGCAUCCACUCCAUGAAUUUUACUUGGCAGGCAACAGGGCAGGCAGAGUAUUUCUAUGAGUUCCUAUCUCUACGCUCCCUGGAUAAAGGAAUCAUGGCUGACCCCACUGUAAAUAUACCUUUACUGGGAACUGUGCCACACAAAAGCUCAGUUGUACAAGUGGGGUUUCCAUGCCUUGGCAAUCAGGAUGGUGUUGCAGCCUUUGAGGUGAAUGUGAUUGUGAUGAAUUCAGAGGGCAAUGUGAUACUCCAGACUCCUCAAAAUGCCAUCUUUUUCAAGACAUGUCAGCAAGCUAAAUGUCCAGGAGGAUGCAGGAAUGGAGGUUUCUGUAAUGAUAGGCACGUCUGUGAAUGUCCUGAUGGAUUUUAUGGACCGCACUGUGAGAAAGCUCUCUGCAUGCCACGGUGUAUGAAUGGAGGACUGUGUGUUACUCCUGGAUUGUGCAUCUGUCCACCUGGCUAUUAUGGCAUCAACUGCGAUAAAGCAAACUGCACAACAACUUGUCUGAAUGGGGGAACCUGCUUCUACCCGGGGAAGUGCAUCUGCCCAUCAGGCUUUGAAGGAGAUCAGUGUGAAAUCAGUAAAUGCCACCAGCCGUGCAGAAAUGGAGGGAAAUGCAGUGGUAGGAAUAAGUGCAAGUGUUCCAAGGGCUACCAAGGGGAUCUGUGCUCAAAACCUGUUUGUGAACCUGCAUGCGGAGCACAUGGCACCUGCACCGAACCCAACAAAUGCCAGUGCAAAGAAGGAUGGAGUGGAAAAUACUGUAACAAAAGGUAUGGAGCCCACAUUAUGAAUGCUUUCCGGCCUGCAGCCACCAAACACAGACAACAUACUCCUUCACCUAAAAGGACUGAAGACAGACAAGUUCCACCCGAAUCCAAUUAUAUCUGGUGAACGGUCACAUCUGAAAACUUUUACAUUACACAAAGUUCAUGAACCUGUUGGACGUUAAAGUAUUGUUUAAAACCGUUUGAGAUAAGUGGCCUGAAUCUUAUUAGCUUUGUUGUACACUGACAUAAUACAGAACACAUAACCAUAGUAGUUAAGAUUAUUACAUACGUUCCUUCUUUCAGUGGUUCUGAAAUUUAAUAUAUUCCUAACAUAAAUUCAUGUCAGUUUCCUUAAACACCUGUAUCCAACAUUACUUAUUUUCAAGGCGAGUUAACAGUCUUUGACUGUUUUUUUGUGUAUUUUAUAAGGAAUACAGAUAUUUGAGCAGAAUAAUGGCCUACCAUCGGCUUAUUGGCUCUGGGAGACUUUAAUGUCAAAUUAGCCAAUAAAAAGCUGCUCUGCACUAAAAAGUGAGUUUAGUCUAAAAAUAAAGCUAUUGUAUUUCUAAAACACUUUCUCUAACAAAAGUUGAAGUAGCAACUUUAAAGUGAAAAAAUAAACUAAUUUGUCUUUUAAUUUAAAC